CAUUUUUGUCUUUGUCUUACCAGUGGCUAGCAUUUGAGACCGGCCCAUGAUAGAUGCCUAAUAAAUGCUUGUUGAUUGACUGAAUUGACGGAAGGGAGAAGAGAGGUUCCAUACAGGAAAUGCCUCUUGAUCAUGAGAGCUGUCCAAAAUUGAAAUUGCCAGCCCCAAAGGGGAGUAAGUUCCUCAUCUUUGGAGGUCUUCAAGCCCAGGCAGUCAGGGGAAGCUCUUCCCAAUGAAGCCCUUUCCGCCUCUGGGACUGUGAUGCCUAGUGGCCGGGUCACACCUAGGGGCAGGGCGGGGGGGAGGGGAGCAGCCGGGAGAGGACAAUGCAGGCCCGGGUUCCAGAACUCCCAAGUGAACUUUCAUUCUAGAAUGCGCCAUACCUUCUCCAACCCCGCAGUAGCACGUCCUUCCCAACCAGAGAACUCAGUCCUUGCAAAUGCCUAGUCCUUGCCCCUGAGCCCAGUGGGGAGCCCGGGGCAGCCCCUGCCCCUUCACCCGAGCCUCCUGCAUAUGCUCUGGCCCUAACCCCAGUCUGUCUGUGGGAGGUCCCGCUGCCCAGCCCCCUGUUUCUCUCUAUGACCAGGUGAGCUUGCUAGCUGCCACACCUCCCCUGGACUGGCUCCAGCAACGACAUGAAGAGUAGCAGUAAGCGGGAUUCGAACCGGCGGGCGUUCAUGGAUCAGGUGCGGGAGUGCAGAGACAAUGGCUAUUUGCUCUCCUCUAAGAAGAUCGGUUCAGGAGCCUUCUCCAAAGUCUACCUGGGCUAUGCCACUCAUGAGAGAAUGCGCCAAAACUAUAAGCUGUCCUCUGACCUGCGGGCCAAACGCCAUACUAUGGUGGCCAUUAAGAUAAUAUCUACUGCCGAAGCCCCCUUGGAAUACUCCAGGAAAUUCCUUCCCCGAGAGAUAUACUCACUCAAUGCCACUUACAAGCAUCUCAAUGUGAUUCAGCUUUAUGAGACAUACCGGAACAGCCAGCGCUCAUAUCUUGUUCUGGAGCUCGCAUCCCGUGGAGACCUGCUGGAGCACAUCAACGCCACCUCUGAUCGUCGAUGCUGCCCGGGGCUGGAGGAGGAAGAGGCCAGGAGGCUCUUCCGACAGCUUGUCAGCGCUGUGGCUCACUGCCACAACGUGGGCAUCGUCCACCGGGAUCUAAAGUGUGAGAACAUCCUGCUGGAUGAUCGAGGGUUUGUGAAGCUGACUGACUUUGGCUUUGCCAACCGGACUGCGGUGAAGAAUUCUCUAUUGAGCACAUUCUGUGGCUCUGUGGCCUACACAGCUCCUGAGAUCCUCAUGAGCAAGAAGUAUAAUGGGGAACAGGCUGACCUAUGGAGCCUUGGUGUGAUCCUCUAUGCCAUGGUGACAGGGAAGCUGCCCUUCAAGGAGAGACAACCACAUAAAAUGCUGCAUCUCAUGCGCCAGAGCCUGGCCUUCCGGCCUAGCCUGUCCCAAGAGUGCCAGGACCUGAUCCAGGGUCUGCUCCAGCUGCGGCCGAGAGCCCGGUUGGGCCUGCAGCAGGUGGCCUCCCACUGCUGGAUGUUGCCUGCAUCCCAUGCCCUGUUCCACAAUGUGCUCAGUACUCCGCCAGGGACACAGGAGAAAGCCCAGAGGGCUGAGCUAGCAUCAGAGGAAUUGGAGGGAUCUGAGCCACAGGACCAGGAAGCAGGAACCCUGACCCCCACAACCAUAAGGAUGCUUGAGGGGUCCUCUGAGGCCAAUCCUGAGCAGUCCCCACCCAGCGAGCUAUCAGCACCAGCCCUGCUCCGGCCUCCCAGCUCCCUCCUCCAGCUGCCAGCUCCCCAGAUGGCACAGUCUUUGGGUCCAGGUCCUGGCCCUGCAUCCCCACCCACUCGCCCCACAUCAAUAGGUCGGCCUAGCAUCCUGGCCAGCCUGAAGCCCAAUUUCCACAAGACUGGGAACUUGCCAACAUGGGGAGGAAUGGGGCCUCGGGGUCCUUCAGGGGGCAGCCUAGCCAGGCCCAACACUUCCCGGCAGAUUCUGUCCCUCUACUCCAUGUCUGUGAUUCGGAAAGCCCCGCUGCACCGCCUGGUCAACUGAGGGAAGGGAAGGGGUUGGAUUGGGGAAGGGGAGCGGGGACAGGGGCCAGAUAAAGUAUUUAUUCUGUCAGAGCUGCUGGAGAUG